AUGUUCGGUCGAACAAGUGAAAUUCCACCCCGGUCGCGUCGGCGACGCGGCCGCGAGGCGUGCGAGCAUGUGAGUGCUGGCACCGUGGAGUCCCCGCGGCCGGAGGGGCGUGCGGGCGAGCGGGCGAACGAGCGGGCGAACGAUCCAGCCCGCUGUCCCCGCUGCCGGUGCACCGUGGACGCGAGCGAGCGAGCGGCUCGACUGCUCGCUUGCUCACACACACUGUGCUCGGCGUGCGCUCGCGCGCUGUCAGCGAGCGGCGAGCUGCGCUGUCCGCUGUGCUGGACGCGCACAGCGGGCGACGCAGCGUGCGCGUCGUGCUGGUCGCACGCACAGGCGCUGCCGCUGCGCGCUGAGCUGCGGCGCCUGGCCGCGCGCCGCCGCGACUUCCUCCUGCGGGCUCUAGACGCUGCCACCGCGCUCAAACUGCGCCUCGAGGCCGAACUAACAGCAUCCGCUGACCUCGCCGAACGCGCCUCACCUCCUCCCGCAGAACUGGAGCGCCUGCGAGCGUGCCGAGCGGAAGCACUUAUGCAGUGCCGGUUCGACGAUCUCGUUCGCAGCGCAGCCGUGCCGCUCGACUUCGAGAUUCUACGUCGCGCGUUAUCCGACCUAAGCGCCGCCGAUUCACCACCACCGGUAGUCACGCCCGACCCAGUGCUGUUCCUGGCCAACUACUGUACUACACAGCUAUAUCUGCAGUAUCUCACGCGGCAUAAAUUUUCGCCGUCGACGACGCUGACGCGCAUACCUCAUGCGUUCCCUCUGUUCUACUUCAACCUGGAAGUGAACGGUUUACCGUUCGGGCGUGUGGUGAUAGAGGUGCGGAGUGAUCUGGCACCGCGGAUGGCGCGCAAUUUCAAGGUGCUGGCGACUGGGGAGCUCGGCGUGGGUUACCGCGGCUGUACCGUGUUCCAGUGUUGGGAGAACGAGAGCGUCAUAACGGGCGACUAUGAGCUGAACAACGGCCGCGGCGGCCGCUCCGCGUUCGAGGAGAGCUACUUUAUGCCAGACGACACCAAGAUGGCGGCAGUGCGCGGCUCGGUGGGCAUGCGGCGCUCGCAGAAACGCCACGACAAUUUGGGCCUCGUGGGAUCUCAGUUCCGCAUCGUGCUGCGAGAGAUGCGCGGCUUCACGGCCAUCUUCGCGUUCGUUGUUGAGGGUCUUGAAAUAGUGGACCGGCUGAGUCGCACGGGCGACAGCUCCGGCAAGCCACAGAGCACCAUCCUUAUCGCCAGCUGCGGCAAACUGAAUUGA